AUGUCUGCCGAGUCCAGCUCUUGGUCAAGCGUACAAAAGUUUCUUGAAAAUAGUGACAUUCAAACCGUCGAUUAUUUCCAGCGAACCAAAUGGGAUGAACUAUGUCGAACUGCGUCAGGACCUGCCGGAGACCUAGAAUGCAUAGCCUUGGACCAGGUUGCAAGUGGGCUCAAUAACAUUGUCCGAGUUCUGCAUUUUUCUGAUCAGACUCGCUGGGCAGCCCGAGUUCAUAUUAGAAGAAAAUACUCAUCCUUCGAUAGCAGCAUCAACUUUGAAGCUGAGGUUGGAACGAUGCAAUUCAUCAAGGAGCACUCCGACUUACCAGUGCCUCGACUUUUUGCGUAUGAAGCUGACGAAAAUAAUCCGGUAGGAGUCGCGUUCAUGCUGAUAGAGCUGCUUCCUGGUAUUGUCGCUAUGGAUCCGAAUGGCGGUUAUGAGGUCCAUCGAGGCAUGAUACCUAAAGAAUACAGACCAAACUUCUACAGCUUUGUCGCGAAGUAUCAUGUUCACUUGACUUCAUUGCGACUUCCGAAAAUUGGAACUAUUAUUCGAAACCAUGAAGGUGGAUAUGAGUCUGGUCCCAUACCAUGA